AUGAAAACGUUACCAGUUAUUGAGAAACAAUUAGAUGCUCUACUUAUGUUUGAUGCUACACUCAAUGAAUUGUCGAAUUCACUUCUUCGAGUUGCUCAUUUAUCUCUUUAUCGGGAUUUAAUUCGUUUAUACGCUGUGUAUAAUGAGGGUAUGAUUAAUCUAAUUGGUCGAUAUUUCACUAUGUCCAAACGAGAUUGUCGGGUAUCAUUAGAGAUUUAUAAGAAUUUUCUAAAACGUAUGGAAUCUAUGAAUACAUUUGUAAGAGUUGCUGAGUCUGCUGAACCUGGAGGCUCACCCUUAUCAAUUGAUUCGGAAAACAAUCCUUUUAAACCAGUCCCUCCAUCAGUUUUAGAAGCUCUUGAAGAACAUUUAACAUACUUAGAAGGUCAUAAACAAACUGAAAAAAAAAUUACUAGUAAUAUAUCUCCAAAAUCACAACCAACAAUAAAUCCAUCAAUAUCCAAUAGUAAUAAUAAUAAUGAUUUUGAACCAUCAAUUUAUUCAACUGGAUCAGAUAAAUUUAUAUUAACUCCUGUAGAACGUCAACGUAUUAUUGAAGAAGAACGUGCACGUUUAGAAUCAUUUGUAUCUACUGCAAGACAGCAUAAAUUUUCAGAUCAUCAUCAAAAUCAUUUAAAUAAUAAUGAUAUAAAUCAACAAAAUUAUUAUUCAAUUCAAUCAGAUAAUGAUAAUUUUCUUGAUUUAUUAUCAUUUGAUGUUAAACAACAGUCAAAUGAUUCAUUAUCGAUAUCAUCAUCUGUUGAACAGAAUUCCAUAAUAACAUCUGAAAAGAAUUUACUUGAUUUCAAUGAUGUUUCAACUAAUUCAUUAUCAUUUGAGUCGAAUAGAAGUCCACCAUUACUUCUCUCUGCUCAGUCAACUUCAACUCUAGUUCCUGCAAUGAUGUCCUCUGGUCAGUUGCAUUCUACAAAUCCAUUCUUAUUCAAUACUCAUCCUCAGUUGUCGAUUACAUCCAAAGACUUCAUGUUGAAUCAGCGAGUUCCUGCUAAUCCACCUUCCACAUCUCCACAAAUGCAGCCCAAUUCAAAUAAUGUUCCGUCAAAAUCAUUAAUUUCAUUAGACGAUAAAAUUGCUCAAAUAGCUGGAAAUUUGUCUAUUUCUGAUAGUUAUUCAUCUACACAAGCUGGUCGUAUUUAUCGUGCUCCCGAUGGAAGUUUAUCUGCAAUCAAUUGGUCUGGAACUAUGCCAUGUGUUCAAGUUUCAACAGUAUCCAAUCAACAGAUGUCACGAGUUUCAACUGUUCAUCAAUCACCUUCUUUGAAUCAAAUAAUAGGUCCAGUUAAUACUAAUCAUCAACCAACUGCUUCGAUCCCAUUGAAUUCAACUAAUCCAUGGGCUGCGUCAGCUCAGUCUAAUAUUCUUUAUCAAACUCAAUCAUUUAUGAAUAAUCAUAUUCCAUUGAAUAGUGGAAUAAUCAAUCGUUCAACUAAUAAUCCAUUUCUUUUAUAGAAAAAAAAGGUUUAUUAUUAUUAUUAUUAUUAUUA